CUUGGCGUGGGCGGAAGUGGCAUAUUUGAAAACUGGCAGUUGAAGUCGAGUCUUUUUUAUUUCGUUCCCCACUAAAGGAGUUAAUGACAGCGUAAACACGAUGGAGGAAGAGGAGCACACGGACAGAAAGCAGCAGCUUGCCUUGCUUUAUCAGAAGCUCAACAAAAUAAAAAAAUACCUCAAUGAAGACGACACAGACAACAUCAACCAGGUCAUCGGCUCGAACUCGCCUGAAUCUUGUCUCUCAUAUUUGAUGGACCUGGAGAAGAAAGGGGACCCUCAGGUGAACCGCAACCACCUCGUCAGACUCGUCGACUUUUACACCAGAGUGUUCUCCAAUAUGCCGCUGGGCAGACACUGUCAGAACGAGAGCUACGCCAGGAUGCUGGUCAGGUUUGCAGAGCUGAAAGCGAUUCAAGAUGUCAAUGAGGCAGAAGCCAACUUCAACGUAGCAAGAUCUCACAGCCAGACCUUUGCGUUUGUCCACAUUGCUCAUGCAAAAUUUGAGCAUUCUCAAGGCAACACAAAGAGAGGCAUUUACAUUUUGCAAAAUGCUAUUGAACUGGGUGCCAAACCAAGGGAACUGCUGGAGGCUGCCUUGCAAAGCAUGCAGACGGGGAAAACAGUCCUCUGUUCAGACGAUAAGGAAAAUGUUCCACUAUUGCCCAAAAGUAACGUUCAAGAUUCUGUCAAAAAAGGCUCAGAAUUCCAAAAAGUGAGCAGAGUGUCGGACGGGACGGGCGACUUACAGCUCUCCAGUAUUUUUGGUUUGGGGACCGAGUCGCUCGGUGGAUCAGCAGAUGACCAACUGCCAGGCUGGAGAUCUGGAUCUCAGCCGAAGAGAACAGCUGGCAUGCUAGGGAGAAUUCCCGUGGUUCCGUUCUCUAUCCCAGAGGACGAUGAUGGCGACUACAUCCACAAACCCUCUAAGAGAAGUGAUGCGUCAAUCCCCACUAGCUUGUCCAGGCAAGCAUCUGGUUCGAGCAUGAGCUCAUUGUUUGGGCAGUCAUCUUCAAAGAAAAAAGCUGUUGAUGGUGAUCUUCAUGUGAGUCCACCAGCUUUCAGUCCAGAACACUGCCCUUGGGAGGACCAGGCGGCUAUGGACUCUACCACCACACUCCUUCAUGGACACAACACACAGGACGCCUCAAGAAUGGAAGACGUAACUUACAGUUUCGACCAGGUCGUCAAAACAAAUUCCCCCGAAUCAUGUUGGACAUAUCUGACGAAUCUGGAGAAAAGGGGCAACCCGCACGCAGACAUCAGCCUCCUCAACAAACUCAAGGACUGUUAUUCCAAAAUCUUCUCCAGGCUGCCAAUCAGACAGUACAGCAAAAACGCCUGCUAUGCCAGAAUACUGGUCAGAUAUGCAGAACUCAAGGGGAUUGAAGACACAGAUGAAGCACAGGACCACUUCAUAGUUGCGAGAUCCAACUGCAAAGGAUUUGCCUUCGUCCAUAUAGCACAUGCCCAGUUUGAGGUCUUGCAAGGUAAUGUGAGCAAAGCAUCGUCAAUUCUGCACAAAGCCCAGGCGUUGAAUGCCAGGCCUGCUGAGCUGCUGGAGGUGGCCAUACGGAACCUCAAAGCUGGGGAGAAGCUGCUGGUGCCCACUAAGGAGGAGGAGCAUCACCCCACAGGCAGAGAUUUGCAGACAGUUGUUCCAGUAAGCGUUUUUACUCACGGUGGAAACCAGGAACUUCAUCUUCCCGCUCGGGUCCCGGUGAACCGCUCAGCUGAACGCGCUAAACCUGCCGGCAAAGAGCCCUCGUCCGAGUGGAAGAUGCCGACUCCUGUUAACCGGCACGUUUCUCCGGAGGAUAAACGUACAACUCCGCCUGACCCCAGACCUGUUCCCCGUGUGCUGGAGUCGCUCCCCACUCCAUCCCUCCAACCUCCACCCAGACCGAACCCACAGACGGUCUGCCAGACACCGAACAGCUACAGAAACCCUGGUGCUAGCAGCUUUAUUACUCCUGUUGUGAAGAGAGGUCGCGAGGUGUUUUCCUCUGCAGUAGCAGCACACAGAGCUGGACCUGCUCAGCAGCCGUGCACACCUCUGAACCAAGCCUCCUGUUUUCAGACUCCACAGGCUUCGAUCACUGCGCUGUCGAAUGAAUCCAUUACCAUCAAAGGGAAGCAGUUCUUCAUCCUCAAGAUGAUUGGACGAGGUGGAUCAAGCAAGGUCUACCAGGUCCUGGAUCACAAAAAGCAGCUGUUUGCUGUGAAAUACGUCGACCUCGAGGAGGCCGAUACUCAGACGAUAGAAAGUUAUAAAAAUGAGAUCGAGCAUCUGAACCACCUGCAGCAGUACAGCGAUCAAAUCAUAAAGCUCUAUGACUAUGAAAUGACCAACAGCUACAUCAUCAUGCUGAUGGAGUGCGGGAACUUGGAUCUGAACACUUGGUUGCGAAACCGCAAGACGGUGAAUCCGCUGGAGAGGAAGUUCUACUGGAAGAACAUGCUGGAGGCCGUGCACACCAUUCACAAACAUGGAAUAGUCCACAGUGAUUUGAAGCCGGCUAACUUUGUCAUAGUGAAUGCGUCGCUGAAGUUGAUCGACUUUGGCAUCGCAAACCAGAUCCAGCCUGAUGUGACGAGCAUCAUGAAGGAUUCACAGGUAGGCACCCUUAACUAUAUGCCUCCCGAAGCCAUUAAAGACACGUCAUCCCAGCCAGGAAAAGCACGCUCAAAGAUCAGCCCCAAAGGUGACGUGUGGUCCCUCGGAUGUAUCCUGUACUGCAUGACCUAUGGGAAGACUCCAUUCCAAAGCAUCACCAAUCAGAUCACCAAGCUGCACGCCAUCAUCGAUACUACCCACAAGAUUGAGUUUCCUGACAUCUCGGAGAAGGAUCUGCUGGAUGUGUUGAAGAGGUGCUUGGUACGAAACCCCAGAGAGCGAAUCUCUAUUGCAGAGCUGCUGGAACAUUCAUACCUGCAGCUUAAGCCACAAGUAUCACCUGAACCAGAAGGUCCAUGUAACAGUGAUCUGAAGAGGAUCCUCACAGACCUCGCUGCUCUCCAGUCUCCAAACAGCAUCAUACGAGCUGCAAACAAUCUGGCCAGAAUGUGCAGCAGUGGCAGAAAGUUGGACGUUGCCGAGUGUGCGAAGUCGUCAACCUGACCGUCCUGGAACAUAUGAUGGAUAUUUAUAUAUUUCCUUUCUACUCUUUCUUUUUCUCUCCUGUCACCACUGUACAUACUCGGUACAGAAACACUAUUUUCUGUCGUAGGAACCAGCUAAUCUAUAUUUGUACAUUUGUUUCCUUGAAACAAAAUAUAUUGCAUGUUUUUCUUUCUUGUUUACGUAUGUUCCCUGAUAAUAAAUGUCAGGAAACAGCAUAGUCAGAUAAACAUACUGUACCCUU